AUGAGAUUCGAAGUAUCAAGCGAAACCCUGGCUUCUGUGCCGCACGUUGCAUGGCUCGGCCUGGCGCUCGUCAUCAUCCAGCUCGUCUAUUCUGCAACGAAAAAGCCCAAACUGAACCUUCCCGGUCCGCGCGGCUGGCCGUACGUCGGAAACCUGUUCCAACUGGGCGAGGAUGCAGCACAGACGUACUACAAGUGGUCGCAGAAAUACGGCCCAGUCUACAAGGUGCAGCUGGGCGAGCGCGAGGUGGUGAUCAUCAACACGGCGCAGGCAGCCAAAGAGCUGCUGACGGAUCUGGGGAGCAUCUACAUCAGCCGACCGCUGUUUUACACGUUCCACACGGUCGUCUCUUCUACCGCGGGGUACACUAUCGGCACUUCGCCCUGGGACGAGUCGUGCAAGCGCAAACGACGUGCCGCGGCGACGGCGCUCAACCGCGUUGCGGUGCAGAGCUACGUGCCCAUCAUCGACCGCGAGACGCUCUCGCUGAUCGAGGACCUGUACCACGCGCGCUCGGCGGCGAUCGAGCCGUUUGCCUACUUUCAGAGGCUCGCGCUCAACGUCUCGCUCACGGUCAACUACGGCUCGCGUCUCGACAAGGUCGGCGAUCAACUGCUGGCAGAGAUCGUAGAGGUCGAGACGCAUGUGGCCAACUUCAGAUCGGUGUCCAACUCGCCUGCGGACUACUUGCCGAUUGUGCGGUACUUUCCGAGUAUGGGGCGCAACAGCAAGGCAUUUGCAGGCUCGAUCCGAGCUCGUAGGGAUGUGUACAUGAGCCGGCUGCUCAACGACCUCAAGCAGCGCGUGCGCGAGGGUACCGAUGUUCCCUGCAUCACGGGCAACAUCCUCAAGGACCCAGAAGCCAAGCUGACCGACCAGGAGCUCUCGUCCAUCUGCCUCUCGAUGGUCUCGGCCGGUCUCGACACGCUGGCCAACACGUUUAUCUGGUCCAUGGGCUUUCUGGCCAAACGGCCGGACAUCCAGCAGAAGGCGUACGACGAGAUGUACAAGGUGUACCAAGGCGCCAUCCCGCGCUCGGACGAAGAAGCGGUCGAGUACAUCACGGCACUCCACAAGGAGUGCUCGCGCUACUUUAGCGUGCUCAAGCUUGCACUGCCCAAAGCGACACUCGGCGAUUCGACGUACAAGGGGGCACAUAUCCCCUCGGGCACCACCGUGUUUCUCAACGCCUGGGCCAUCCACCAGGACCGCGACCGGUACGGCGAUGUCGAGAACUUCCGGCCCGAACGCUUCCUCGAGCCGGGCGAGGAGAACAAGCAGGCGCACUACUCGUUCGGCGCGGGCCGCCGCAUGUGUGCAGGCGUCCACCUGGCCAACCGCGAACUGUACGUCGCCUUCUGCAAGGUGAUCCACUUUUUCAAAAUCGAACCCAGUCUGGAUCCGGCGGAGCAGGAGUACGACAUGAACCCAGCGACAGGGUGUGCCAACCCGAAAGGUCUGAGCUCGAGCCCCAAGCCGUUCAAGGUGCGCUUUGUGCCCAGGGACGCAGCGGCGAUUGAAGGGUGGAUCGAAAACGAGAAGAGCAGGACCGAGCUUCAGAUGGCUGCGAGCAUCAGCAACAACAAGCAGGGUUAA